GGGAUCGAUUAUUAUCGAUUUUUUGCAUAACUAUAGAAUUGCCGAUCUUAUAUUCUCUUUUCGACGGUCGUGAGUGAAUACAUUUAUCUGGUGCCGAUUUAUUAUAAUGACAAACUCAAAGGGUUAUCGUCGAGGAACAAGGGACUUGUUCUCCCGAAAGUUCCGCAAGCAUGGAACAAUUCCAUUGUCCACGUAUAUGAAAGUGUAUAAAGUGGGCGAUAUAGUCGAUAUCAAAGGUAAUGGAGCUGUUCAAAAGGGAAUGCCUUAUAAAGUUUACCAUGGUAAAACUGGACGUGUAUUCAACGUAACACCUCAUGCUCUUGGUGUCAUUGUCAACAAGAGAGUGCGUGGACGAAUUAUUGCUAAAAGAAUUAAUGUUCGUAUCGAACAUUUGACUCAUUCUAAAUGUAGAGAAGAUUUUCUGAAGCGAGUAAAGGAAAAUGAAAGGCUUAGGAAAGAAGCGAAGGAGAAGAACAUUAAAGUACAACUAAAACGGCAACCUGCUGAACCAAUGCGUGCACAUAUUGUAUCGGGACGUGAAAAUCCAAUAUCACUUGCACCUAUUCCUUAUGAAUUUAUUGCUUAAAACUUCAAUAAACAUGUUUUGAAAAGAUUAA